UGCGAAAGGGUCGCGGCGGACAUUGGAGGAGAUGAGGCGCUUGGGCUUGGUUCUCUUUUUUUCGCGAGGCGUAGUCGCGGAUCCUUGAUGAAAGGGGCCCCGGUAAAGGAGGACCGUUGUUCCUAGGACUGCCUUUUCGGACCGAGAACGAGAAAGAGGUCCUUGAGGAUUUCUUCGUUCCCGAGGCGACUGGUCUUCCCGUGAGGAGUGUUUAAAUGGUCCGAGUUCUCGGAGUCACCGACCUGGAUAUCCCUGGGUUUGGAUCGACGUUGAAGGGUGAUUUUGGAUGCUGAGGAAGAAGGACCCCGCGUGGACGUGAAACGGUGUGGGUGAAGGAGGAAGAGUAAGAAACGGUUCGACUCCCACGCGACGGCGACGAGGGCGGCUAAGGAAACUCGACUCCAUAAUAAAUUGGAAACGCCUAAUCCGUAAGGAAGGGACCUCGUGGACGUAGCUCGAUGCAGGUGCAACGAGAUGGAGCGAAGAAGAGACCUUUCCACCGAAGCUUUUUCCAGACAUCACUUCAUCUCUUGAUCUAGAAGGAUUUGCUUUCGUACAAGAUUCGUAGCAGGAAAAGACAAAGGACUCCCAUUUCCGAGAUUCCGCCUCGACUACAAAAGCCUCGCGUGAGAUCGACCUGGACCUGCUCGAAGGGAAGGACGGAACUAUACAACGUUAUUUCUACUCGACGCGACUUCAUCCAUCGGUAGCACUUUGCUACGUUUCCUCGCAAAGGGGAACGCUAACCUCUUCAACGCUUUGCAACGAAUUUCCUAGAAAAUAACCCUAAAGUCGGAGUCUUGAAAACGUACGCAACAACAACAAAAGAGAGAGUAGAAUUCCCCGUGAACCUUGAGGAACGUCUUCUGAGGACUGCGUUGCAUCGGAUUAGCGGAUUAGUUGAUUAGCGGAUGAACGAGGCGGCCGAAGUCAUACUUAGCGAGACAAAGAAACGGCGAACGUAGAUGUAGGACUUGAAGAAAUGCCUUGCAGGGACUACACGGUACCGUUUAGCUGGUCUUUUCUACUCGAACGUUGAAUCAUUUUCACCGACGUAACUUCUUCUCGUGGUUCUGGGAUCAAAUGAAGUUGCCCGGGAGUUCCGUGGCGAGAUCGGCGGCGACAGGAUCAUCGGUCGAGGUCGAAGGACGAGGAGACGAUGCUAGGACGACUCGUCCGAAGAGAAGGACCCGCUGACCGAAUCCGGGACGCCCAUCGCGCCAUCAAGGGACACCCUUGGGACGUCCCAAAGACGUCCCUGCGAGCUCCGUGCGAUCCCGACAGCCUGGCUCUUUUGUUCCUCAGGACGGAAACUCCGACUGCAACACCACGUGCCUUCUUCAGCCUCUAAGCUUGCUGCGAACGCACCCAAGAGCCUGGUCCAGGACCCGCGGAUCGGAUGCACGUCGCGAUCUCCUGUCGAUGUUCCUAGCUGAUAAACACCUUCGGUUAACCCUGAAGAGGACCCAUCUCGGUCGUCGAAGCUCGACCCUCGAUCCGGGAAAUGGUGGACCAUGUCGCCGAUGAACGUCUGCUGGGGUUCCGUGAGAACUCCUACAGCCUCGACGACGUCUAGGGACUAUCCGGGCGGCAACGAAUAUAUACCUCGGGUGGGGGAUUCUAGGGAUAUUUCAUAGAUUUUAGGCACUGUCGGGAAAGGAACUCUUCUCGGACUCUCCGCGGAGGGAACUUUUUCGCGGCGGCGAAACGGAACUUCUAUCGAAGUCUGGCGGUGGUUUGGGGGAUAUUUUGUACUUCGGCUUUAAGCGACGGAGUUCUGCCCGCGGAUCUCUCUGUUGGCGACGACUUGACGCGCUUCUGGUUCCUCUCGGGGCUCUGAAGAGGGAGAAGAUCGGUUUUGCAGAAAUGCGAGGAGCCUCGCGACGCUUCGCGGAUCCCAAAGUUGGAAGACUCGGGAUCUCGGCGAGGAGCCUUUUGCCCGCCUCGAAAGACUUUCCGAGGUCCCUUCCCGAAGACGCCGAGCCGGUCCUGCUGAAUUGGAUAUUCCUGGGGAAGCUGCCGAGGAUGGCGCGAGACUUCCUUCUGGAUCGCUUCGAUAGGCUUGAAGUCUAGGCCGGAUACCGUACCUAAUCUCGAAUUCCUUUAAUCGACCGACUUUUUCGGGGUUCUUCGACGCUGGAAAUGGACUCGUACGAUUGGUCCAGAGCGACCUGUUCCCCUGUUCCCGGAGUCCAGGAUUUCAAGGGUACGCGAGGAAACGACCAGCAGCGAGCAGAGACCUAGUCAAGUCUCGUGAUAAUCGCUUGAGAAGAGGAACAUGUGGAGGACGGAAAGGAGGGAGGCGACUGAAGGAACCGAAGAACCUGAAGAAAUCCCUAGGAAGGGAGAACCCGUUCAAGGUCCCUCGAUCGGGGCCGAAAGCUGUCGAGCGACGUCCGUUUCGAAGCUGUUCCCUUGCAAGCGCUCGUGUCCCGUCUUCAAAGGAGUCGAAGGAAUCGAGGGAAGUUGAAGAGGAACCCGAGGAACCAACCACGCCGAUCGAAGUGUUAAGUCCUCGGGUCUGACCCCGGCGUUUGACCCUGCGGUCGGCACGGUAGGAGCGUGCAAGCUCGCCUUAUCGGCGCGCUAUCAGGACGCGAUCCAGCGAAACUUCAUCGGAAGGAACCUCGGUGCGGUUCCCCGGAGGGAACCGGCCGUCGAGCGAACUCUACGUUCGCAAACUCGCUCGAAAGCCGAGGGGCCGACUUUCGAUUUCCUCAAGAAAAGUGCGAGAAACGAGGCUCUCUUCAGGGGGCGCGGAAGAAGCCCUUGGGAGAUCUCCAUUGAAGCUUGACCGCUUCACCGAAACGCUUUAUUAGAGCUUCCUUAGCGAGAGCGCCUCUAGCGGAAGCUUAGGCGCGAUAACGCUUAUCGGUGGCCGCGGGAUAGGCUCGAAAGCUCCCAGAAAGCGCGAGAGGUCGACCGACGAACUAUGCAACGAAUCCACCUUCGCUGAGCUUUUCCAAGGGAGGUUUCUUCCUCUAGCUCGGACGCCCUUUUGCAAGCUCUCGCUCCCUGUCUCUUGCUCUCGCGAUAUCUCUCUCUCUCUCUCUCUCUCUAUCGCUCUCUCUCACCUCCACGGCCUACCACGGAAGUAUCGCCUAGUGCUUUCCGCAAAUUGUGCUCAAACUCGUGCUGUGCUUUUUUCUACGGUGUAUAUACACGUUAUAUAUACAUAUAUAAAUAUAUACAUACACACACAUAUACGUACCUAUACAAGUAAUAAGUAUAAGUAGUGCGCACUCCGGUAGUGGGUCCGGUACGCGAGGUGGGUGCCUGCUUGGGUUCGUUCGGGUACUCGUGACGAUAUGUACCAGUGAUAAGUGUGCAAUGGUACGGAGGCUGUAGCUGUACCGUGAUAGGCAAGCUAAGCCCCGGUGAUAGGUGGUAGGUGACAACGCCGGUGGAUCGCGGAGCUGGGAAUAGAGUGCUGAGAGACCCAGGACUCUGGGAAGAGACUUGAGAUGCCUGUUAGACGAGGCCACGUGGCACCUAGAACGACUAUCAUCGAGACUAUCAUCAGGAAAUUCGACACGCAUGAUCGCAGCUUUUUGGUGGCCAACGCGCAGCAGGGACUAUGCCACAUAAUCUAUUGUUCGGACGGGUUCUGCCGGCUGACGGGCUUCUCCAGGGCAGAGGUGAUGCAGCGCCCGGCGGUUUGCGAGUUCCUCCACGGCCCCAUGACGUCGCCACAUGCGGUUGCCGCCCUGCGCGACGCUCUCGUCGCAGGCGUCGAGAAGCACUUCGAAAUACUCUACUACAGGAAGGAUGGGACAAAGUUCCUCUGCAGCGAGGUAAUAGCGCUGAUCAGGAGCGAGGUGGACGAUAUUUGUCUGCAGAUCAUAAACUUCGAGGACCUGAGCGCUCAGCCUCCUCCUCAGCCCGCCAUCCCGCCACCAAGCCACGCCAACAACAGGCUCGUUACCCGCUUCGACAGGGCAAGGGCAUCCUUCCGAGCCGGACUCUCAAGGACUGGUGUCGUAGGACCUUCAAGAGUCAGAAAUCGACCAAGGACGUCUGCGACCUUGCCUCAUCGACUUCCUGACGGGACCAUCCUCGACGAGGAAGCCUCCGAAAAUUGCCCUUUAACAUGCGGUUCGCCCACCAUGAUGGAGUCUUGGGGUCCCGGAAGCGCGGGGGCGCCACCGGUGCCGCAUCCGGUACCGGCGGGAGCCAAUGGCGGCGCAACGGCCGGCGCCGGCGUCGUUCAACCGGGUACCACGGCGCCAAUCGCGAGCCCCGAGGGUGUCAGCGACGUGUCGCAAAAAUCGGGAAUCUGGGAAGGCCCCAUGAACUCGUCGUCGAAUGGCGCAGCGGAGGGUCCCUCGAGGAGCGUGUCGCACGCGGCGAGUUUGGACGCCAUCUCGCGGCGGGCGGUGAAACCGGAGAUGGCGCGGGCGCCAUGUCGCAGCCUGACCUGCAGCGUCUCGGCGAAGCACUCGAAAAUCUUUCCGGGCGUCGCUUCGGAAAGCGACUUGCAAAGAUGGCGGGCCUCGAAAGACCGGAAGUCGCCGUCGCUCAGUCAAAUGGGACAAGAUUCCCUCAAACACAAGUUCUCGCUGCAGGACAAUGGAUCCGCAAAGUAUUUCCAAGGCGCCAUGCAUACGCCGAACAUGGGGGAAAAAGUCGCCCAGGUUUUGUCCCUUGGUGCCGAUGUCCUUCCCGAGUACAAACUACAAUCACCACGCAUCAACAAGUGGACCAUUCUGCACUAUUCCCCCUUCAAGGCAGUCUGGGACUGGGUGAUCCUGAUCCUCGUGAUGUACACCGCCAUUUUUACACCGUACGUCGCAGCGUUUCUGCUUUCCGAGCCUGACUACACCACGAGAAAGUCGAAGAAGUACGGCGACGACCCAAUCGUCAUCAUCGACCUGAUAGUCGACGUCACCUUCAUCGUCGACAUCCUCAUCAACUUCCGCACGACCUUCGUCAACAGCAACGACGAGGUCGUGUCGCAUCCUUGGAAGAUCGCCAUCCAUUACCUGAAAGGCUGGUUCGUCAUCGACCUCGUAGCCGCCAUUCCCUUUGAUCUUCUGCUUUUCGGCUCCGACACUGACGAGACUACGACGCUGAUUGGUUUGCUGAAAACCGCACGGCUUCUCCGAUUGGUCAGAGUGGCGCGAAAGAUCGAUCGCUACAGCGAAUAUGGCGCCGCCGUGUUGCUCUUGUUAAUGGCCUCCUUCGCGCUAAUCGCUCAUUGGAUGGCCUGUAUCUGGUACGCGAUCGGCAACGCCGAGCGGCCAUCUUUGAAGAGCAAAGUCGGCUGGCUGGAUAUCCUCGCCAACGACACGCACCAGUUUUACACACAUAACAACACCGGGGGACCGAGCAUCAAGAGCCGUUACGUCACGGCCCUGUACUUCACGUUCAGCAGUUUGACCUCCGUAGGGUUCGGCAAUGUGGCGCCCAACACCGACGCCGAGAAGAUCUUCACCAUCAUCGUCAUGCUGAUUGGAUCUCUAAUGUACGCCAGUAUCUUCGGAAACGUCUCGGCUAUCAUCCAGCGACUUUACAGCGGCACUGCUCGGUACCACACCCAGAUGCUGAGGGUCAGGGAGUUCAUCAGGUUCCACCAGAUCCCAAACCCGCUGAGGCAGCGCCUGGAAGAGUACUUCCAGCACGCGUGGACAUACACCAACGGCAUCGACAUGAACAGCGUUCUGAAGGGGUUCCCCGAGUGCCUCCAGGCCGAUAUCUGCCUCCAUCUCAACAGAAAUCUGCUGAACAACUGCAAAGCCUUCGAAGGAGCCAGCCCUGGCUGUCUGAGGGCCCUCUCGCUGAAGUUCAAGACGACUCACGCGCCGCCUAGCGACAUCCUGGUACACCGAGGCGACGUGCUAACCUCUUUGUACUUCAUCUCCCGGGGGAGCAUCGAGAUAGUCAAGGACGACAUAGUGAUGGCCAUUCUGGGGAAGGACGACAUCUUCGGGGAGAAUCCUUGCAUAUACCCCACAGUAGGGAAGUCGUCCUGCAACGUUAAGGCCCUGACUUACUGCGACCUGCACAAGAUCCACAGGGACGAUCUGCUGGACGUCCUUGCCCUCUACCCGGAGUUUUCCAACCACUUCAGCCAGAACUUGGAAAUUACUUUUAACAUGAGAGACGAGGAACAAGCAGGAGUCGACCCAAUGUCGGCAAGGUUCCCGGUCAGCACCCCAACAGACGUCGAAGUUGAUGCCAGGAGAUUCGCUUUCCGUCCACCAAGAUAUCGCCGAGGUCCUGGCACCAACCUGAUACCCACCGGUCGUCAGGACUCUUUUCAGGACGAUCAAGACGACUAUGAGCGAGGAAGUGGUCACGGUAUCUUGGAGUUCAACACGGACAAGGCUGGCCAGGAUGUAACUCCUUUGAACCUGGAGUUCGACGAGCCGAAGCAAAGGAGUUCCACCUUGAACUCGAUAACUGGCAUGCUAACCCAUCUCAAGCGCAGCAUUCCGGACCUUCGCCAUCACAAGAUUCAUCUGCAGCCAUUGACCAGUCACGACUAUCUCGCGAAGCAAAUGACGACACCCUUGACGAGGCCAGCCAGAAGGAGUUCGGCUGCUGGGGAGAGCAGCCUCAGCCAACAUGCUGCGCAGCCUGCCUCAACGACGUCCAGCCAUUACACGACUCCAUCGCCACCUCAGCAACCUCAUUCUCAUGGAGAUUUCCAGAGUGGGCCAGGACGGCCGCUGGAAGAGAUCAACGUCAGGAUAGAUCAGCUGUCCAGGCAGGUUUCUUCGUUGGAAAACUCGAUGGCUGGCGACAUCAGGCUGAUCCUGGCGCUGCUCCAGCAGACCCUGAACUCAUCCCGAGAUAAUUCCAGCAUCGAGAUGACGCCAGGAACGGCUCCAGCAGGACCGGCCAGACCUGGUGGAAGAGCACCCGCGUUAGUUCAGAGAUCCGCCAGCGAGCCGCAACCUCCGACGGCGCCACCAUCGUCCAAUGGGAAUGGCAAGAUUCAGCCCAGCACUUCCCAUGGCUUGUUCAGGCCCCCGACGCGGGAGCCGACGUCCACCUCCUCGGGGACCUCGAGGCUGACCGUGACCUCGGACACCUCCGCCCUGGCCACUGCUCUGCAGACUGCCCUAAACGGCCGGGCGGCGCCCACGAGGUCGCAGAGUCAGCCCGUCGACCUGGCCGUGCCUGCUAGUGCGCAGGCGCACCAACCGCACGCCUGGCACAGCCAGCCCGCCGCCUUCCGGCGCGGCGAGUUCAAGACUGGGUACAGCUCCUUCAACAAGCGUUCGGAGCCGGACACCGAAGACCCGUGGAGCUGCGUGGUGCCGGUGCCGGAGAGAAGCGUACACCAGCGCCCUCGCAGCGGCGACUCGCGGAAGGAUUCGGCCAACCACCGAGGCUCGAGCGAGCUGUCGGGCAACCAGCGCUCGGAGGGCCGACCCUCGGACGGACAGAGUGCCCAGAGGCAGGAAUCCUCGCGCCAGGCCAGCGAGGAUAUCUCCUGGGAGUUCGCGAUAAACGAGGCGCCGAUCGCGAGGCUGGAGUCCCUCGACGAGCUGGACCAGGAUCACGGCAGUUAAAGGGACUCCAGCUCGGUCAGGGAGGUCUCCCGACGCGGGGUUCCUGUCGCGGGCGAGGGGAAACAGAUAUUUAAAAACAUACUGCCUUUAUUGGUAGGCUAGAAGCUAUAGUCGCACGGACAAAACUUGGCUGUGGUCGUCGCCAUUUCUUUUAUUCGUUCCAUUAUCAUUUUUUUCUUUUUUUUUUCCCCUCUUUUCUAAUGGCGGCUUUAACGUGUCGCGCUCGAAGGCGGAAGAACGGAGUGGGGCGUACCGGUUGAUCGGUCCUGGCGAAACUUUGGACGACGUCGCGACGCCUCGAUGUACUCGCCCCCUCUUUCUAUUUCGGCUUUAAUUCUACGGACAUUCGUUGUUAACCAAUCUGAGCCUUGUUUGGCUGACGAGCCUUCGUCGGGCCACGGGCUGGGAUCGAUCGAUCGGUGGCUCGGUCACAUCAAACCGCGAGGAAAUCAGGGAAAAGGAGACUGUAUACUUGGGAAACGACUCACGGUCCGAACGGGAUUGCUCGUUGCUGAGGGGAGGAAGUGGAAGGGAAGAACCUAACCCUAAAAUUCGAAUUCGAUGUUCCGAGAAAUUGCGCGCUCGCUCGGGCGGACCGAACCUUUGAUUUAUCAAGCUUUUGUUGUUGUCCUCGGCUCGACGUCGAGCCACGGAGCACCGUGCCUUCUUUUUAUUCGGAGUCUCGAAACGUUUACACCUUCGUUCACGACUGAAAUUGUAUAAUAUAGGGUUUUCUACGGGGAUUCGACAUUCUUUCCGCGGUGGGCGUUCGGCUUAGGGGAGUGAAAUUGAGACCCGUCUUGUUCGAUCGCGAAACCAAUACAAACCAAAACCAAAAGGGUUAACCAAUUCACUUCAUGGCCGAUGGAAUGAGAGCAUGCUUCGAGAUACGCGAGACAGGGCUUCGAGGUACGCAAAAGUCAGAUCUUGCGAGCGGGAGAGGGAAACAGUACGGACGCUCGCGUCGCGACAAACGACGUCUUUUUUAGAGCUAAAUAAACGUUAAGCGUUUAUGGUCCGGACACGCUCGUCAACUUUUAAACGCAAAUUUCUGUAAACUGGUAACCCCGCUAAAGUGGCAACAAACGCACAUUAUCGUUUGAAAUUAAGCGUUCAGCUCAUUUUAUUUUUGCAUUUCUGCAAUUGGUCACUAUUUUUUUUUUUCGUCCAAACCUUGCACCUUCUAUGGCGAUUAAUUUAAAUUUCAAUAAAUUCAUUGAAUGGAAUUAAAUACGGUGUAAGAAUGAUAUGGAAUCUUGAGAUAAAAAUCAUGAGUUAGAAUGAAUUGCUUUUGGAGCAGAAUGUUCAUUUUGGUAUAACGCAAAGGAGAGUGGAACGUGGAACGCAGUAAAAUGCGUUUGCGUCUGGGAGCGUGUCCGAUCCAUUAACGGUAACGCAUUCGAAGACAGCAGGACGGUAACUGCAAGGCAUUAGUUCUUAGUAACUCCGCAGGAGUGCGCUCGGCCCGGUUCCCCCACUUCGGAAACAUAUGCGCGCCUAUUGACUCCCCACUCCUGUUGGUCCCGCAGUGGCGUCGUCACGCGGGGGCAAUCGGACUGAGCGCUCCCGUCACGGGCCCAGGGAUUAUCAACAGUGGCGUGCCUAGAAAAGUGUCCUGGGGACAGGUUAUCGGAAACUAUUCCUUUCCCAAUACUCGUUAAUACAUGAGACAUAUAAACUGAAACAAAAAAGGAACGUUUAGACAGUCGUGGAGGGGGUUCACAUCCCUAAUAUCUCCCUCGUGGCACGCCAUUGACUAUCGGCGCCACCUCUAUUAUUAUCACCGUUACAUUGACUGUCAUUACCGACUACUAUUGCGACUAUCAUUUACCACCGUUAUCACCGUUAUGAUUAUUAACGCAAUUGUUGAUAUCACCAGUGCCGCGCGUGAGGGACGGAUCCUCGCAAGGGUUAUUCAAUAUCGAAUCUCGGGAUGGAACUUAUAUCGACGUGUUAUAUGCCUAUGCAAUAAUACAUACACGAUAAACCUACGUUUACAUGCGCGGGCAUAAGUACGUUUUUUUACACGACAUCUCGAAUCACUUUCUCGUGCGCACGCGGAUUCUCCUUCCUCGAUUCUUUCCUUUCCGGACGCGCCACGGCGAAGCCCUUGGUCCAGGCUCGGAGUUCAUUUUCUUAACUAUUUAUUUAAUUAAGACAUUUAUCGACUUGCCGGGGGAGUCGCCAUUGUCGGCCCGAAGCGUCGGUUCUCGUCGUUUAGGUUACGUUCGCACCUUGGGUUCCGCUUCUUCGAGUACACGCGUCGUCCAGGUCGCCGCCAUUCCGGUCCCGCGUUCUCGUUUUAAUUCAGUAUUUCUAGAGAGUAACUUCGACGUAACGAUAUUAUUAAUAAUGGUAAUCAUAGUCUAACGACGGUUAGCAAGAUGGCGGGGGAGCAGAGAAGCGCGCGAUACACCGUCGGCUUAUUAAACAGAUUAAAUAGCGAAGUCUAUUUCUAGUCCGCGCAGCUCGUGGUUGCACUUAGAUAAUGAGAAAACGUAAAAAAAAAGAGAGAGAGAGAAGAUAAUAAUAAUAAUACUGGCGCGACCGGCGAGGUUAGGGAUUUUCGAAAAGGGGGCGGUGUGCUCUUUGCGUCCCCACCACGAAUUACGAAUAUAGGAUCCGCCCGAUUUUCGGACCCCGGGGCGAAUCCCAGUUUUUGGGCCUCGGGGCCUUCGAAGCCUCUCGAAAGUCCGCCUCGCCGGUCUCGAGUUUAAAUAUGCAUCUCGAUCGCGCUGCUGUAGUUUGGCCGAGCAAAACGUAGCGCAAAGGGACGACGAGGAAGAUACCGCGGUUCCGCGCUCGCAAAGCGACGCGCCGCCCACGUGGUACGAGCAUGACGCAUUGUAGACGUACUUUUUUCGAGGUAUGAGGGAAGUUUUCCACAUUUUUCAAGAAACAUAGUAAACACACGCUUCUCGAGAGCUCGGCGCGAAGGGGAUGUGAGAGAAGCGUGCAUGGCGGCCAAAAUGGCGGGUGGGAAGCUGCGCUUCGAGGAGCCCGAAAUCGAGGAGCAAUUAACGGGAAUUUACGUCGAAUAAUCUGCCGAAAUGACAAUGACGGAGGUUUUAAAUUUCCCGAAACAUUGAAGAUGAAUAUUGCCCUCGAGAAUGGCGUCGACGUGUUCUGAGAAAAUUGCUCUUCGGUGGACUCGGGCCCGAACCUGGAGGGGAGGCGCGAUUUAGGCUUAAGGGGAUGUCAAAGUGGCAUCCGAAGGGUCAAUUAUUCAAGAAACUUUUCUUCGAAUUGUGUGUGUCGAAUUGCCUCAAACUAUACAACGUGUACGUGGAGGCUAUAAGGAAGGUGCCGGCACUCUUGAAAUUCCCUUUUCUAUGACAAAUUUUAAAUGUAUCUGUGAAGUCCUUUUAAAAAAAAGAAAUUGAAACUUCAUGAGUUUCAGGACCUCCCUUGUACCCUUCGUGUUUAUAUUGUUAAGUUUGAAUCGAUUCGGUACACCCAGUUUGGAGAAAAGUUUCACGAACGAGAACUCUCUCCCGCCACUUUAGCAUCGCCUUAAGGGUAAGGAUUAGAGCGGUUGUCGCCAGAGGAAGGAUAUAAGAAUAAAUCAGACUGUUAAUUUAGUUCUGGCGCUACCUUCAGAUGCUUACGUACGCGAGACCAGGCUCUGCCGGACGUCCCGGCGUCGGCGUCGAUACGCCGAACCGUCUCGAAUUUAUCGCAGCGACUGCACAGCCGUCUCGCGAAAUUGCGCGCGUAAUUCGAAUUUUCUUACAAGAUUUUCAAAGUCCCUCCCUUGUCUGCUAGAUUCACGCCUAAAACAGUAGGACCUCAUGAAACGCAAUCCCACCUCUCGAGACGAGAGGCCUUCUCCCGAGGCUUUGAAAAAGCCAUCCUUUCUCUUCACUUUUCACUGACCUUGGCGAUCGCGAUUCGACGAGAAGAGCUCGAAGAAACCUCGAGUGGUGGCUUCGGCUUCGGCGAACCGAAGGCUCGAGGGCACUCGGGAGUGACGUUAACACCGAUAAUGAGGACAUUAACAAAUUCGUAGGACGUUAAGGGUAUCUGGCGAAGGGAACUCGAGGACUUCCGGAACCGAUCGGCGCGAAGCCACGAUCCAUCGAUGUACAUUGUAGACUCGAAUGCGGCCGGCCGACGGGUCGGCCAUCUCUCUCGCAUUAUAUUAUUAAGGCGCAUUGUUCUGUAUAUAUGUACGACCUAUAGUAUUUGAAUUGCACGAAUUGUACGGCGAGCGCACUCGUUUGUAACACGUACGGAGGGGAGGAUAUUCGAUUAUGAGAGAUCUCGCGACGGCUCCAUCUUGGCUCCUACCGAGGCCUCGGUCAGCCGCCAUCUUGAUUUCGCGAAAACACUCUAAAAGUUAUAUUUAAAUUGUUUUUUAUACUGUAUUCGCCUCUUCUACUGACUAAUUUCUCCUAACAAUUACCUUAUAGUGAUAUCCAAAUUCCAUUUCCUUGCGGUUUAUCAUUCAAUCUGGAAGAACUUUGCAUUUAUUUAACCGUUUAACUUUGGCUUCAUCGAUCGUAGUAACUGGAGUUUGGGAUAAGUAUGUUAAUAUAUAAUGUGACCGGUUCACGGGACUCUGGAUUUAGAUGUCUCAUUUUUUUUGUUGAUAAAUUAAAUGAUUAAGGCUGUCACUUUGUUUAAUAUGGCGGUCAGGACGCAACGGUAGGAGCGGCGAUGGUUCCUCCUGUGGUGACGGUCAUGCCACGUUAUGUAUCUAUAAGUUUUUUCAUAUAUUGCAUAAAAUAUGUUUAUUACAUAUUUUCACUAUGUCUAUCGAGA